AUGGAAAAUAUAGGUUGUAAAUAUACUUGUGACAUUUACUCUCCAUCAUUUUAUAAUGGAUUUUGUUAGAAAUAUUAAAGUAAAUUUAUAUUCAUUUAUAAUAGUUUAAACAAUAGACUCAAGCUUUUUUUACUCUAAUAGUUAAUAGGAAAUUUACAAAUGGUCAUAUAUAUAUGAUCUGAAUCAUAUGGAUGAAUAUCCAACAAUCUUAGGAUAUACUACAUACUAAUACACUUAUGGAGUGUUAAAAUUUAACUCCGGUCUAUAUAGAUUUUUUUAAAUUUCUUAAUAUUCUUAUGCUACUUAUUUAAUUGGGAUUAAAAUUUCAAUUACCAUAUUCAAUGAGAUUCCAAUUAAUUGUGGAAUAUAAUUUAAGAUUAAUAACAUUUAUUUUGGAUCAAUUUAUAGAAAUGAGUCUGGAAUGUAGAUGCAUAAAUUAAAACUCUUUGAUAAAGUUUCCUAUGCUUCCUAUGCCUCAAUUAUGAAUUAUACCGAAGUCAUGAAAUACGAUUUAAUUACAUAUCUGGACAUUCCUAAAAACUCAUUUUUAUUUUCAGCAGUAGGGAAUUUUACGUAAAUUUCAAUUUAAAUACUCUAGGGAUAAUACUGCAGGAUGGGGAAUGGUUUCAGUCGAAAUUACUUCUGGGUAUUGCCCUUUAUAUUGUUAACUUUGUGAAGUAUCAUUUAAAUGUAAGACUUGUAUGCCUGGAUAUUAUUACUAUAAAGGUGGUAGUUGCAUUUAGGGUUGUUCAGACCCAAACUAACAAUUAAACGGUUCCUAUUGUCAAGAUUUUGAUGAUGAGACACCAUGUAAUCUAUACCAAUAUAAACAUAGACUCCAUGUUCUUAGUUUAAGAAUAUUUAGACACUUCCAAUGAUCCUGAAUAAUAUUCUUAAUAUACUUUAAUUUCUAAAAGCGGAACCAAUUUUUUAAAAGGAUUAGAUAUUUAUUAUUCAUAUUGGUAAUCAUAUCGAGUCUUUGGAGGCCCAUUUGUUUGGGCCUAGGCUAAAUUUAAAAGGGUUCAUAACAUAGUUGAUCCACAUCAUAGUCUCACUAUUGCCUUUUAUAUCCUUUAUGGUCCAACAUUCCCUUCAAAUGGAUGUUUCAUAUAUACAAUUGAAAACAAAUCACCAGUUUAUAAAUCAACCUCUUAAUUACAUUCAACCUAUUCUGAUGGUUCAAAAUAAGAUAAGGUAUAUGAAAGAAUAUCUCAUAAUACAAGUACAUUAACAAUAUAUUGGGAAUGUUAUGGAUAUAAUAAUGAACCAAUUAAUGCCUAUUGUGGAUUCUAUAAUUAUUAUAUAGCUGUUCAUAAAUGCAUGCCUUAUUGCUUAGAAUGUACAGAUUAAAAUACAUGUACAUAAUGGAAUAGUACAUAUAAUUCGACUGUUGUUAAAUUUUCAAUAGCAGAAUGCGUGUCAGGCUAAUAUUAUGAUAAAGAGUAAGUUAGAUGCAUAUAAUGUUUAAUGCCUUGUUUAAGUUGUAUAUCUAAAUUAGAUUGUUUAAGUUGUUAAUCUACUUAUACUUUAAGUAAUUUAGGAUGUACUUGUAAAUACAAUUAAUAUGAAGAAUCAAAUCAAUGCUAUGAUUGUCCAAUUGAAUGUAAUUAAUGUUUAAGUUAAACUUAUUGUAUAGAAUGUUUAAUUAGUAAUAAUAGAUAAUUAUACAAUGGAUAAUGUAAUUGUAUAGAUGGAUAUUAUCCAAUCAAAUCAAAUCCUUAAUGUCUUUUAUGUCAUUAAUUUUGUAAAACCUGUACUGGACCAAGAUCUAGUGAGUGUUUAACUUGCAACAAUAUUAUUAAUAUACAAAAUAUAGGAACAACAUGUACAUGUCCAAUUGGAUCAUAUUAUUAAGAUUCAAUAUAAAGUUGUUCUAAUUGUCAUUCAUCCUGUUAGUCAUGUUUUAGUUCUGCUAUUAAUGGUUGUUUAACAUGUAAUUCAUCUUUAAAUAGAAUGUUAAAAGGAUUAAAAUGUGAAUGUAUACCUGGUUAUUAUGAAUUAAAUAAUAUUUGCACAAGUAUUUCAAAUAUUUAUUAUAGAUUGUCCAAAUACAGAAGAUAGUUCAUUAAGUUAAUGUUAUAAAUUAUGUAAUAAUAAUUCAUAGAUAUGGCAUACAAAUACAUGUAGUUCUUGUGAUUUAGGAUUUCAAUUACAAUAAGGAGAAUGCUAACCUAUUUGUGGAGAUUCAUUAAUAAAAGGAUAUGAAUAAUGUGAAUAUAAUAACAAUGUUUUGGAUGAUUUAUGUUAUAAUUGUUAAUAUCAAUGUCCAGUUCAUUGUGUAACUUGUGACUAAAAUACUACUUUACCAUGUCCAGAUAUUUGUGGUGAUGGAUAUAUAACUGGAAUUGAAGAAUGUGAAGAUGGCAAUAAUAUUUAAUAUGAUGGAUGUUAUAAUUGUAAAUUUUAAUGUUAACCUUCAUGUACUAAAUGUAUAAAAGGGUAAUGUUAAGAAUGUGCUACUGCAGGAUGGUUUAUUGAUCCUACAAACACACCUUGGUAAUGUAAAGAAAGAUGUGGAGAUUAACUAAUUGUUGGAACUGAAUAAUGUGAAGAUGGAAAUACUAUUGAUACAGAUGGAUGCAAAGAUUGUAAGUAUCAUUGUGGAAUUGGUUGCUCAUCUUGUGAUUACACUACAGGUUCUUGUUUAAGUUGUGAAUACACUGGUUUUUAACCAUAUUCUUAUUAUUGCAAGAAUAUUUGUGGAGAUGGUUUAGUAGUCACAGACCCUUACGGAUACUAUUCAGAAUAAUGUGAUGAUGGCAAUACAAUUAAUUAUGAUGGUUGCAGUGGUUGGUGUUAAUAUUAAUGUUAACAAUCAUCUAUUUGCACUAAUUGUGUUAAUAAUAGAUGUGAAACAUGUGCUUCUAAAUAUAAUCUCUCCUCUAAUUAAAUAUGCCUUUUAAAGUGCUAAUCAUCUUGUAUAACAUGUGAUACUAAUGGAUAAGGUUGCCUCGCUUGUCAACUAGGUUACGAUAGAAUUGAUAAUUUGUGUUAAUCAAUUUGUGGAGAUGGAAUAGUAACAGAUGAUGAAUAAUGUGAUGAUGGUAAUUUGAUAUUAGGAGAUGGAUGUCAUUUUUGUUAAUUUAGUUGUUAGCAUUCAUGUCUCAAUUGUAUUUAAGGACUCUGUUAUCAUUGUUUACAUGGUUAUCAGUUAGAAUAAUUUAAAUGUUAUCCUAUAUGUGGAGAUGCUUUAUAGACAAGUGAUGAACAAUGUGAAAUCGUAAACAUCGAAGUGGCAUAAAAAGGCUUUAACUCUAGGUAAUUUACUUGCGAUAUUAAUUGCUAUAUUUGCCAACUUGGUACUUGUUAACAAUGCACAAAUGGAUAUGAUUUAUCCUUAAAUCAAUACUAAUGUAUUAAAUAACUAGAAAACACUUUUACAUUAAUUGAUAACUGUCAGAUUUAGAUUGACUAGACUUGUAUCAGAUGUGAAAAUUAUGCAUACUUUGACCAAGUUGAAUAAAGUUGUAAAUUAGACAUUGAUCCUUUCGAUAUUUGUUAAUAUUAUCUUAAGAUAUCUCCAGAUUUGUAUUGCAAUCAGUGUUUUGAAUUCUGCAGAGAAUGCAAUCAAAAUUCUUGUAUUGCAUGUUAGAAUGGUUAUAAUUUAGAUGAUAACUUUUAAUGUGUAUCCUUUUGUGAAGAUGGAAUACUAGUGCAUGAUGAAUAGUGUGAAAUUCAAGAUCAGGAUUGCUUAAAUUGCAUGUAUUAUGCUCCAAAAUUUUGCUUAUUAUAUUUUUUAAAUCUUUGUUAUUAAUGCCAAGUUGGAUAUUAUCUUAAUGAAUAUUCUAAUGCAUGUUAAUCUCGUUGUGGAGAUGGAAUUGUAGCUCAUGAUGAAGAAUGUGAAGAUAAUAAUUAUAUACAAUUUGAUGGUUGUUAUUAGUGUAAAUACUCUUGUAGUUAAUAAUGUAUCAGUUGUAGCUUUGGUUAAUGCUAAAAAUGUGCUCCAAAUUACUAUCUUUAGUAAGGAUUUUGUUAAAGUGAACAGAAUGAUUCUUAAUGCACUUUUGAAUGUAAAUUGUGUUUAAACGGACAAUGCCAAAUUUGUGACGAUUAAUAUUUUUUUAAUGAGUAUGGUGUUUGUGUUUUAGAAUGCUCAGAAAACUGUGUUUAUUGUAAUAAUAAUGGGUUAUGUUUACAAUGUCCAGAAGACUAUGAAUUAGAAAAUAAUAGUUGUAUUUUAAAAAUUGAAUGUUUCAAAGGAUUGUACUUCAAUUAAGAGUUAUUAAUUUGCGAGCCUAUCUGUGGAGAUGGGUAUAUAGCAGGAUAGGAAGAUUGCGAUGAUUAGAAUCUUCAAUUAUUUGAUGGUUGUCAUUAGUGUAAAUAUUAAUGCGAUCAUAAUUGUAGUAUAUGUUUAUAAGGCUAAUGCUUUGAGUGUUCCGAAAAUUUAGACUUAAUUGAAAAUAAAUGUUACUCAAAAUGCUAAGACAUUUGUCUUAAUUGUAUCUAAGGAGUAUGCUAAUUAUGCAAUAGUGAUUCUUAUUUGAAUGAAUAUUCUCAAUGCAUUAUAAUUAAUAAGGUAGAUGAUUUUAUGCAACUUCAAACUUGUGGAAAUGGUAUAGUUGAAGAAUUCGAGUAAUGCGAUGAUUAGAAUCUUAUUAAUGAUGACAAUUGUAAUAAUUACUGUCAGCACACUUGUGAUCCUAAUUGUAUAAGUUGUAUUGAUGGGGUUUGUUAUGGGUGUAUGACGGGAUGGAUAUUAGAUUUAUUCUUAUGUAAGCCAAUUUGCGGAGAUUUAAUGGUUGUAGGAAAUGAAGAAUGCGAUGAUGGAAAUUUCGUCAGUUAUGACGGGUGUUUUUAAUGCAAUUUCUAAUGCACAAGAUAUUGCGAAGAUUGCUAGAAUGGAAGAUGUUUAUCUUGUUAAAUGUAUUUCAAAUUGGAUUAAUUAAACAACUAAUGUAACCCUAUUUCUCCUGAUCUUGUAAUUUAUGAAUAACCUGAUUGUAAAUUAUUGAAUAAUAAUUAAUGUAUAUUAUGUUAAUUUGGAUACUUAGAUUAGGUCACAAAUAUUUGCAUAAUAGAUUACAAUAUGAAUAAGUGCUCUAGAAAUUGUAAAAAGUGUUUACUACAAACAUGUGUAGAAUGUGAAUAGGGAUAUUAUGGGAAUAACUGUGUUCCUAAAUGCGGAGACGGUAUACAAGUUUAAGAAGAAGAGUGUGAUGACGGAAGUCAAUAUUUGUUAGAUUCUUGUUUAAAUUGCAAAUUUUAAUGUCCUCAAUAUUGUAAAUAGUGUGCUUUUGGAGUAUGUACACUUUGCUAGGAAGGAUUCUAUUUGGAUAUUGUAAGUAAUUCGUGUAAUUCUGUUUGUGGUGAUUAGAUAGUUGCUUUAGAUGAAGUUUGCGAUGAUGGUAAUGAACUUAGAUAUGAUGGUUGUUUUUAAUGUAAUUUUCAAUGUUAAAUGGAGUGCUUAAAUUGUUAUUAUGGUAAAUGUUUAUAAUGUGAAUCUUCUCUUAUCUUAGUAGAAUCAAAGGGAAUUUGUGAGGAAAUAAAAUAAUGUCAAGGAAUAGCAGGCUUAUAUUACGAUCAUUUUUCAAAUGAUUGUGUGACUAAAUGUGGAGAUGGGUUUGUACUAGGUAGUGAAUAAUGCGAAGAUUAGAAUAAUAUCCCAUAUGAUGGAUGUUAUGAAUGUAAAUAUUAAUGUGAUAAAUUAUGCUCAAAUUGUUAGAAGGGAGAAUGUUUUGAAUGUUAAGUUGGCUAUUAUUUAAAUGGUCAGAAAUGCGAAACUAAAUGUGGAGAUGGUAUUAAAAGUGGUGAUGAAUUAUGUGAUGAUCAUAAUGAGAUAGCAAGAGAUGGUUGCACUUCUUGUAAACCUGAUCCUUCUUAUAAGUGUGAAGAGGAUGUAAAACUAUUAAGUUAUUGUUAUAAAUGCUAAGAAAAUUGUGAGGAUUGCAAAUUGAAUAUUGACAAGGUAGAGUGUAUAUAAUGUAAAAGUGGGUAUUUUCUAAAAGAUAAUUCAUGUAAUUUAUGUUCAGAAAAAUGUGAGGAAUGUGAAAAUACUCCAAAUAAUUGCACAAAAUGCAUCACAGAUGGAUGCAAGAAAUGCGAUAACGCAUCUGGGUUUUAUUUGGAUAAACAACUUAAAUCUUGCUUUACUAAAUGUGGAGACAAUAUCAUAGCUGGUCAAGAGUAAUGCGAUGACGGAAAUCAAACAGAUAAAGAUGGAUGCAAUUCCAAAUGUGAAAUUGAAAAGGAGUUCCUUUGUAAAGAUGGCUUAUGUAUACUACCCCCAAAAAAAUAAGUAACUUUGAGGUAUUCAAACUCGACUACUACGAAUGAUAUUGAUUUAACUUUAGAGGAUAUCUAUAUAGAAGGCAUAUGCAGCAAGGUAAAAAUUUCGAUCGAAAAUUUCAAAUAAAACGAAUACAAAUAUAAUAUUACGAAAAAGGAAAUGUAAAAUUUUAAUGUUUAGAGUUGUCAAAUUACAUUUAAGUUCUUUAAGACUAUAUUGGAAUCUAAUCUUAUUCAUUUGAUGGUUCCCUUAAAAGAAAAUGCCACCAGAAUCCUUGAAGAAGAUGUAAGAGAAGUUGUAAUCAUUCCAAGAAGAAUGGUAUAUUAUAACGAAGGUUAAAAGGCUCAAGCUCAAAAUGUUGCAGCAACCUCCUCUACCUUUACUUUCAUUCUUUAAUUGAUUGGCCCGUUAACUAUACUUUUGGGAGGAUUCAAUUUCUUUUGGACUAUCUUAGAUAUUUUAACUUGGAUUAACAACUUUUAUUUUCUGAAUGUAGAUUACCCUUUGAAUGUAAAGUUAUUUUUCAAUAAACUUCAAUGGGGUGAUGUAUUCAAUAUUCCUGAUUUUAUUUCUUUGAAUUCACCAGAUGAUCCUUAUUAUUUUGAAGCACCUCCCAAAUUUACUGAAAAAGAUGUCAAUCCAUUAUUUUUAAAUAAUGUCUAAUUAUUUUUUGGAUUAUAUUUAUUAGCAAUUUUUGCUUAUAUUUGUACAUGCGCAGUAGUGUCAAUCAUUAAAACUCAGUAUGAACAAAAUUUGAGAUAAAAACAUAAAAUUUCAAUUUUUACAGUCAACCCAAGACAAAGAAGUAUUUAUCAAACAAUCCCAUAACAAUUGAGUUCUAAUAUAAUUGAAAUAAAAACCAAAGAAAUGCCUUCAAUAGUAAAAGCAAUAUAUAAAUAAACCCAAGAUUUUAAAGACAAUUUUAGAGCUAAACUGCUUUAAAUUGUUGGAUUAGUAUUUCUAGAUAUUUGUUUGGCCAGUGUUCUUUAAUUAAAAAAUAAGUGUAAUAAAGAGUAUGCCAUUAUCUAAUUUAAUAUUUUCUUAGCUGUUGUUGGAAUUAUUUUUAUAUAUUUGGUGUUUAGGUUAUACUCUUUUGUUUGUUCUCAACAUGGAAUUUUGUAUGAGAGUAAAGUCUUUUCAAAAUAUUACUGUUCAUUGUAUGAAGGAAUCAAUACUAAAUAGAAACUAUCUAGGAAUUAUUGUUAAGUGAAUUUAUUUAGGAAAGCCUUGUUUAUAUUUUUUACAGUAUACUUUUAUGAGGUGCCUUUGUUAUAAACAGCAUUGUGUUGUUUAACAUGUUUUUUAAAUUUGGCAUUGAUUCUCUAUCAGAAUCCCUUUGUAAGUAAAAGCAUACUAGUGCAAAUAGCAGUGCCUGAUUUCUGUAUUUUCAUAAUCGUCCUUAUUACAGUGUUACUGGCUAUUCAUGAUGUAAGCAUAAUAUUGUCAUUUGAUCAAAAGUAUUUCAUAGGAUGGAUAAUAUUAUUUUUUAUUGUGUCCUCGAUAUUAGUUUAAUUGAUCUUUCUAUUCAAAUAGUUUUUUAGUGAAAUGAAGGGGAGAAUGAUUUCGUUAAAGAACAUGAGUUGUUGUUUAAGAAAUAAUUAGAAUAAUUGA